AUGCAUUUAUUCAUGUGCCUGUUUCACCCUCAGGUAUCCCAUCGAGGGAAUGAAUUGGCAUUAGCAUGCUUUGUAAUGGCUCGCCGUGAUCUGGGCACAAAGUCCGAAAGUUGGAUUGGCGAAUUUUGCAAUACGCAUGCAGAUAAGUGUGAAUUGGAUGCCUUUAUUAAUACGAAGGAGAAUUAUUUGCCUAUUAUGCAUCAACACAUUGUAGCAAGAGAAGCAGAUGAAGAGAAAGAAAAUGGGUCACAUUCCAAUGCUCCAAAUGAUAGAUUGGAAUUUGAAGAGGUGCAAGAGGAGGAUGAGAAAGAAGUGGAAUAG